CACCUGCCGCCCGGGGCGGGCGUCCCGCGGGGCGGGCGGGGUGUCGCUGCCUGGCCGAGUUCGGAGCGGCGCUGCCCGCGGAGAUUUGUGCGGCAGGAAGGGAGCGGAGGGCGGGAGCGGAGCCGCCAGAGUAGCAGCUCCUCCUCCUGCGCCCCGGGAGAGGAGCGGCAGCGGCGGGGCCCCAUGCGGCGGCCGGGACGGCGCUCUCCGCCGCCCGGCCCCAGCACCAUCGCCACUAGCAACCGCCGCCGCUAAUGACCUGGACCAGCAGCAUGAGCAGCGGCUACAGCAGCUUGGAGGAGGAGGAGUCCGAGGAGUUCUUCUUCACCGCCCGCACCUCUUUCUUCAGGAGGCCGCCGGGCAAGACCCGGACCACCCCACAAGAUGUUCAGAAAGAGAGCGAACCUCAUGUUUAUCUCAGUAAAGAAGAAGUUAAAGAGAAGAUACAAAGCUAUAAUUCAUCUGUCACUGAUAAAUUAAAGAUGACCUUGAACGCCAAUGGGAUUUACACUGGCUUCAUCAAAGUCCAGAUGGAACUAUGCAGACCAAUCACUGUGCAGUCUUCCCAGAGCCAGGGGAGGUGCGCUCACAGCAAUAACGAAACUGCUUUCUACUUGCCGGAUGGCUGCGUGAAUACCCUGCACAUCAGCAGCACCAACACUGUCCGUGAAGUUAUUGAGGCCUUGCUCAAAAAGUUUUUUGUAGCUGACAACCCUGCCAAGUUUGCACUUUAUAAACGCUGUCACAAGGAAGACCAAGUUUAUACAUGCAAGCUGUCAGACCGAGAACAUCCCCUCUACCUGCGCUUGGUGGCAGGCCCUAGAACCGAAAUGCUCAGUUUUGUUCUACGUGAGCAUGAAACUGGAGAAGUCAUGUGGGAAGCUUUUACUAUUCCUGAACUGCAAAACUUCUUACGUAUACUGGACAAGGAGGAGAAUGAGCAACUGCAGAUCUUAAAGAAGCGUUACGCAGCUUACAGAGACAAACUUGAAGAAGCCCUUAGCGGGGUCUGGAAACCUGGUUAAAAGGGGGGCCAAAAGACACUCAGGAAAAACGCACGCUACCAAAUGUCAGUAUAGCAUGCCAAACCCAAUCUACAGACAGCAGCAGAGAGUAGUUUUCUUUAUUCAGAAGACUGUUUUUGUGAUGCCCAGGGUACCUGAACUUUGCUAUAGACUUAAGUUUUGUAAGCCAGGUCACUUAACAUCUUGCGCCCGUGAGUAAGGGAUUCUGCAUGUUUGUACAUCAGUUUGCAACCCUCUGCGUGCCUAGAGAGUUUUCCAAGUUAUCUUGGUGCAAGCUGUGAAACUGUAAUCCAUUUUCUAGGAUGUUACAGA